AUGCCGAACGUUCGUGACGUCGACGCCUCUACUUUCAUUGACGCUUACGCGCAGCACCUCAAGCGAUCUGGCAAGAUCGAGGUGCCCGUCUGGGUCGACAUUGUCAAGACCGGCCACUUCAAGGAGCAGGCCCCUUACAACCCGGACUGGUUCUACGUCCGCGCUGCCGCCCUGGCCCGUCACAUCUACCUGCGCAAGGCUGUCGGUAUCGGCCACCUGCGAAAGUUCCACGGUGGUGCCUCCAACCGCGGCUUCCGCCCCUCGCACCACGCCGACGCUUCCGGAUCGGUUCAGCGCAAGGUUGUCCAGGGUCUCGAGGGUAUCGGUGUCGUCGAGAAGGACCCCAAGGGUGGUCGUCGCAUCUCGCAGGAUGGCAUGCGUGACCUUGACCGCAUCGCUGUCGCCUGCCUCGAGGCUCUGCGCGAGGAGGAGUCCGAGUCCGAGGAGGAUGAGGAGGAUGAGGAGGAGGAGGAAGAUGACGAGUAA